AUGAUGUCAUCAAAGCCAACGAGCCACCCUAAAGUUCAUGACACGAUACCCAACCCUUACCCAGCAAGCAGCUUUAUGGCUCUCAGGUUUCAACAGCCUCCAGGUUCGAUAAACAAAGGAAACCAAGCUCAGGGUGACCAGCCUCCCUUCAUCAUAUUGCCAGGAAUCGUUGCUGGAAGUCAUCGGGGUCAAGAAAAUACACAAAUGAUAAAUCCAGCUUUGGGAAUAGUGUCAACAAAUUUUACAGAAGAAGCAAAGGCACUAGGGGCAAUCCAGAUCAUAAUUGGAUUGGUGCAGAUUGGUUUUGGAAUUACUUGGGGCAUAAAAUACCUCGAUACACACAUUCUCUCCAUUACUUUUACUGGCGGAUAUCCAUUCUGGGGAGGCCUCUGUUUCAUUACUUCUGGCGCUCUCUCUGUAUCCAAGGUCUUUUUCCCUUGUCUGAUAAGAGGCAGUCUGGGAAUGAAUAUUGUUAGUUGUAUCUUUGCCCUUACUGGAGUGAUUCUGUUGGCGGUGGAUAUGUACAUCGAUGUCAAAUUUCAACAAAGCAAUGUGGCAGUGUUUCAGAUUUCUCGAAAUGUCAUUUCACCCAUCGUAUUCAUCUUCUCCAUCUUGGAGUUCUGCAUAGCCAGUGUCACCACCCAUUUUGCCAGGCAAUCAAUCUCCAACGUCAGUUUGGAAAAGCCAUUUCCGGAGACAGUAGUCCACAGGUACCCCGGCCACGUGGCUGGCAAGGCCCUAAUGAGUCUGCGCAGACGACCUCCUGCAGCCAGGCCAGAGCACGCGCAGGCGCAGUACGAGCACGCUGCUGCGGCUGCGGCUGCCGCUGCGGUUGGAGACGUCACCACCCCAGGCGCCGGAGGGCCGGCUAGGUGCUGGGCUCCAGGCAUCAUCUGUGAUGGCCGCUCGUCAAGAUCUGGGAUUCUGGCGCUAGGGGCACGUUCAGCCAGGAUCUUCCUCUUCAGCUGGGCCCAGGCACCUGGCGUGAAGAUCUAG